AUGUGUUUAAAAGUGUUCCUUAGUUCUGUUAUAUACGCGGCUUUACUGAGUGGAAUCGUUUUCGGGGCUCAUUUGAACAGUAGUGAUGAACGAGAUGUGGAUCUUUACGUAUCGCACGAUAUCUUUGGCGGUUUUCCAUUUGUGAAGCCUCCUGGCGUGGAUGUCAGUGGCUCUAGGCCGUAUGAUCCUGGUGCAACUACGUUGGAUGGUGGCGAAGAGUUUCCGGAUUUUAACGAAGACGAAGAUUUGUCGCUGUUGAAAAUGAGGAGUGAUCCGGAGGAAGAUCGUGAGGACGAGGUCCGAGUUGUUCAGGAUAUUAAGAGAGGCACGGGUUACAUUCAACGACGUGUUCACGAACUGAUUCAGUAUUUGUACGGUUUGGAUGAAGAGAGUUGGGCAGAUAUUCUUGGUACUUCGGGAAGCGGGCCGAGUCGUCCGUUUGGUCCAAGUCCUCUGGGUCCAUUGUUGCGAUUCUUGAGCGACGUUAUCCCUCCGAGUGUCCCUUCUGCUACUGUACUUUUCACCAAGUUGCAUCCUGGGGUUAAUCUUGUCCAAGCCCCUUCAGCCAUUGAAGAUGUGUUGAACGAGGCACUGGGCGUUUACGACCUUUCGAAGAUUUUCGCUACUUCAAGUUCAGAUAUCGGUCCUGACGACGACAUCCCUCAGCUUAAUGAAGCCUUGCAAGAUGCUUCUGCGCAUGGUUAUUCAAAGGAUGAAACGUUGAAGGAUGGCAGUGUCAAACGUGCCCAAGCUGUUUCGUUGUUGCUGCAAUUAUUGUCCCGUAACACGCGCAGAGAGGCAAUGGUGGGAAUACAAGAAGACCAAGCCGAAGAAAGUCCGAAAUUCCGAAUACUGUAG